CGGUGCUGUCGUGAAUCGUCUCGCCUGGACGCGGUAGGACAAUAGCAGGAAGGAGCGCUCCACCGAUCCUUGCGCGUCGAUGGGCAAGAGGCUGUGUGUCAAGCCUCCAGAUGCGCUUGGCACAACUCAAGGCGACGGCCACGAGUACCGUGGGAAACGCACGACUUUGCCACCCCACGAAUUCCACACAUGGAACUACAUUCAAGACCCCCGCAACGAGCUCCAUCCAGCGUUGGAGCUUGGUGUCCAGAGCACUCGCACGACGAAAUUCACGUCGGGGUUUUACCGGCGAUCGCGCACUGCGAUUGCGUCCGACAGAGAACGACUCGCUCACCAAGCUGAAAAGGACAGAGCCAGCACCAGCAACGCGGCCCACCGCCACGAACGUCUCGCCGCGCUCAACUCGUCCUACGACUACAACAUCCUCACAGGCACCUCGGGUGUUCCAAAAGUCAUCAAGCUCCCGCCUUGCCGCAAGUAUCUCGGCAGUGGCACCAGUGAGUUCCUCCAGCAUGAGGGGACAAUUCAGCUGCGUGAAUCCGCGAACCGAUUCUACAGCCAAUGGCGCGAAAACCCAGGGCGCGCCGAUAACUUGACGAGAGAGGGGUUGCGUGGGCAGAAGCAAUCGUCUGCGAUCGGAAUCGGGCGCAACGAGAUCAAGUCCCACGGGGCAGCUGACGCACUCAGCAAGUCUCUGUACAAACAAUGCGUUGAACACAACACAGCCAUCAAACUCGAAUACACCCACGUGAAACCUCCUCCACCCGUUCCUAAGGUCACCCAGGAGCGACCCAAAGUCCACCAGCCAUUGCAGUACCGCCCCAAGCCGUCGGCCCCAGCCUGGCUCCCCCCUGUUCACACGUCCACGAAACACCAGCAAGAUGUCGACAGUGUGCGAGCAUUGCGAUAAGCCACCGAAAACUACCUCCCCCUGUCGUCUUGUG